ACGAAGGCCAUCACAGCUCCUUCUACGCCUGUUACGGAGAAUCGACAAUUUGGAUCCAAGAUGACGGACUCCAAGUACUUUACCACCACCAAGAAAGGGGAGAUCUUUGAGCUCAAGGCAGAGCUGAACAGUGAUAAGAAGGAGAAGAAGAAAGAGGCUGUCAAGAAGGUCAUUGCAUCUAUGACAGUUGGCAAGGAUGUCAGCGCUCUGUUCCCAGAUGUUGUGAAUUGCAUGCAGACGGACAACCUGGAACUGAAAAAGCUGGUCUACCUCUACCUGAUGAACUAUGCCAAGAGUCAGCCAGACAUGGCUAUCAUGGCUGUUAACACUUUUGUCAAGGACUGUGAAGACCCCAACCCUCUCAUCCGGGCCCUUGCUGUUCGUACAAUGGGCUGCAUCCGUGUGGACAAGAUCACUGAGUACCUCUGUGAACCACUGAGGAAAUGUCUGAAGGACGAAGACCCAUAUGUGAGGAAGACAGCUGCUGUGUGUGUAGCAAAGCUCCAUGACAUCAAUGCCCAGUUGGUGGAGGACCAAGGCUUCCUGGACACACUUAAAGACCUUAUCUCUGACUCCAACCCCAUGGUUGUAGCAAACGCAGUGGCAGCGCUGUCAGAGAUAGCAGAGUCCCACCCCAACAGUAAUCUCCUGGACCUGAAUCCUCAGACCAUCAACAAGUUGCUGACAGCUUUAAAUGAGUGCACAGAGUGGGGACAGAUAUUCAUUCUUGAUUGCCUGGCCAAUUACACACCUCGUGAUGAUCGUGAGUCCCAAAGCAUCUGUGAGCGUGUGACCCCAAGGCUCUCACAUGCCAACUCUGCAGUGGUGCUGUCAGCUGUUAAAGUUUUAAUGAAGUUCAUGGAGAUGCUGCCAAAAGACUUGGACUACUAUGGCACCCUGCUGAAGAAGCUCGCCCCUCCACUGGUCACUCUCCUCUCCGCUGAGCCUGAGUUGCAAUACGUGGCACUUAGAAACAUCAAUCUCAUUGUACAGAGACGCCCAGAGAUCCUGAAACACGAAAUGAAGGUCUUCUUUGUAAAGUACAAUGACCCAAUAUAUGUCAAACUUGAAAAGCUGGACAUCAUGAUUCGCCUAGCAUCUCAAGCCAACAUUGCUCAGGUGCUGGCAGAGCUGAAGGAGUACGCCACUGAGGUGGACGUGGACUUUGUCCGUAAAGCGGUCAGAGCCAUCGGCCGCUGUGCCAUCAAAGUAGAGCAAUCUGCAGAGCGCUGUGUCAGCACCCUGUUGGACCUCAUCCAGACCAAGGUCAACUAUGUGGUGCAGGAGGCCAUUGUGGUCAUCAAGGACAUCUUCCGCAAGUACCCCAACAAGUAUGAGAGUGUGAUUGCCACUUUGUGUGAAAACCUGGACUCUCUGGAUGAGCCGGAGGCACGUGCUGCCAUGAUCUGGAUUGUGGGAGAAUAUGCUGAGCGCAUUGACAACGCUGACGAGCUGCUGGAGAGCUUUUUGGAGGGUUUCCACGAUGAAAGCACUCAGGUGCAGUUGCAGCUACUGACUGCAAUUGUCAAGUUGUUCCUAAAAAAGCCUACUGAGACCCAGGAGCUGGUGCAGCAGGUGCUGAGCCUGGCCACACAGGAUUCCGAUAACCCAGAUCUCAGGGACCGCGGCUACAUCUACUGGCGUCUGCUCUCCACAGACCCUGUGGCUGCCAAGGAGGUGGUUCUGGCUGAGAAGCCCCUGAUCUCUGAGGAGACGGAUCUGAUUGAGCCCACUUUGCUGGAGGAGCUCAUCUGCCACAUUGGUACUCUGGCCUCUGUCUACCACAAGCCACCGAGUGCCUUUGUUGAGGGCAGCCGUGGUGUUCAGCACAAGAGACUCCCUGGCAGUGCUGGAUCUGGGGAGAGUGUUGAGAGCCCGGACACAGGUUCUGCUGCUGGAGUUUCUGAGGCACCCCCUGCUGUCAUCCCAUCCCAGGGUGACCUCCUGGGGGAUCUGCUUAAUCUGGACCUGACACCUCCUACCACUACAGGACCACCACCCCCCUCCUCUGGCAUGCAGAUGGGAGCUAUGGACCUUCUUGGAGGAGGACUGGACAGUCUGAUGGGAGAUGAGUCUGAGCCGCCGCCCAUUCCCCUGCGGACGGACACUCCUCAGUCACCUCAGCUCCCACAUCAGUCCCCAUCGCCCCCAGAUUACAGCCCCACUGAGCUCGGCGGAGACAUUGGAGGAAGUCCUGCUAUGGGGGCUGGUUUUGGUGCUCCUCCAGCUGCAAUGCCGGCCUCUUUCAAUGCCCCUGUUACUGGUCUGGAUGACCUGUUUGAUCUCGGCGGUGGAGUUGGUAUGCCGAUGGGAUCCUACAGCCCCCCUAAGGCGGUUUGGCUUCCUGCCAUGAAGGCCAAGGGUCUGGAAAUAUCAGGCACUUUUGCCCGCCGUGCCGGAGUCAUCCAAAUGGAGAUGACCCUCACUAAUAAAGCAAUGAGUGUCAUGACUGAUUUUGCCAUCCAGUUUAACAGAAACAGCUUUGGUCUGGCUCCAGCUGGUCCACUCCAGGUUCUCACUCCUCUCAGCCCAAACCAGAGUAUUGAAGUGACCCUUCCCCUCAAUACUGUGGGCCCCGUCAUGAAGAUGGAGCCUCUCAAUAACUUGCAGGUGGCUGUUAAGAACAACAUUGACGUAUUCUACUUCAGCUGCCAGUACCCCAUCAGCAUGUUAUUUGUAGAGGACGGGAAGAUGGAGCGACAGGUGUUCCUCGCCACAUGGAAAGACAUUCCUAAUGACAAUGAGUCCCAGUUUCAAAUCAAAGACUGCCAUCUCAACUCAGAUGCAGCCUCCAACAAACUGCAGGGUAGCAACAUCUUUACCAUAGCCAAGCGUACAGUGGAGGGUCAGGACAUGCUGUAUCAGUCCACGAAACUCAGCAACGGCAUCUGGGUCCUGGCUGAGCUGAGGGUGCAGGCAGGAAACCCAAACUACACGAUCUCUCUGAAGUGCAGAGCUCCAGAGGUUUCCCAGUGUGUGUUCCAGAGCUACGAGGCCGUGCUGAAGAACUGAACCACCCCCCCUGACGUCCACCUGGCCGCUGUCCUCACAGACUUCUGGCACCUCCUCUUGCUCUCCAUCACCUGACCCACGGACCGUAUUACAACCACACACAGUGCAGGAUCCACUUCCUGCCGUGUUGGGCCUGGAGACUGAACCCCGUAUGUCAUCCAGCUGUUUAAUUAGGAUGGUUAAUGAUCUACUUUCUCAUUUUGGACCAUGUUUUCUCCACGUUUUUUCUAAGACUGUAGAGGUGUCUGGUUCACUUUCUUGGCUAGCCUUUGCGCUUUUGUUCACACCAUGAGAUAAUGUUUCGGGACAUUAUCUCGUGAUAAAUUGUCUGAAUGAGCACUUGGCCCUCCGCUCUUCCCCGCCUGAGCCGUCCUGUGACGACCUUUAUUCUUUUGGGGACAGGCGGCUGUAUGACUUGACAGUUUUCUCUGCAUGAGGCUCUUUAAUCAUUAUCUAUCCCCACUUCUCUGCAAAUUGGAGUCUAUUUUUAGCGUCUGCAAUCAGCAGGUGAAUCAUUACUGUGGGCAUAUUUAUUUGGGGUAUUUUCAAUUAAAAUACAGCAGAAAAAGGCUUUAACUCUCAUAACCCCCCUCCUGUGUGUGAAGUGGAAGGUGGCUGUCUGGGCCUUAGAAGAGACACAUAAAUACUUAAAAACUACAUUGUUGUUGUCUUUGUCAUUUUCAGUUUUCUUUAGUACCUGUGGUUAGCAGCAGGAACAGAUCCUCUGCUGUCCCCUGGAAGCAGAAUGUCUGACUGAUGUGUGCUGUGUGCAUGGAAACUGUUUGUUGGUGUGUGUUUCUUUUAAUUUUUACAUCAGUAUCUGGACAUUUUAUAGACUUAGCAGCAGUUGUCCACCGGCUGAUCUAUUACUUAGUCAUUCCAUGGUUUAAUUUGUGUUCAUAGUCUUGUUAGUGUACAUGUGGCAAACUGGGAGCCUCAGGUGUUGAGGAUUUGCUGCCCCCCCCCCCCGCGUCAGUGGCAGCCACUCGAGCGCUAUCUCUGCCACUUUGCUCUGUAUCCUCAUCGCAGCUUUCCGAGCACCAUGGCCACCUGAGAUGAAGGCUCAGGUGAGAUAACUCUAAAUGUACAAUGUCAUGGUUUGUAACACUUGUGAGUAAUAAGUAUACAUGUAGGUAGCGCACUCUGUCUUAGCUGAAACAAGGCUAGAACAACAUUGUGUCCCUGUUUUACCCACAGACUCUACAGAUUAAUUGGAUUCCUUUUCUGAGUCAUUACACUGAAGCCCUUUUUAUCGGCUCUGUGGGAUGUAUGCACCUACGCUAACACCUUUUGCAGAUUGUCACAGAGGUGGUUGUGUAUUCUGAGUGUGUGUCUUUGUGUGUGGUGACGGCUGAUUCAUACGAAAUGCUGUAAAGGAAAAAAAAAAAUCAAGUGUUUAAUCAGAUGUUUUUGAUUGACAUGAUUUCGUUCAUUGUGUGUACAUCAUUUGAAAACAAACUAUUAAAAGUCUUGAUAAA